AUGAACUUCUCCCCUCGAGUUUCCUCUGCUCCUCAUCAGACUCCCCCUGCACACUAUGACAAUGCAAACUCCCUCACGCUUGCCUUCCUGAGGCUUCCGAUCGCCGAAUGUGGUGAAAGGGCUGCAAAUGCACAGCGGGCCGAGCGGCGUCUCGCCGUCGACAGGGAGACCGGCGCCGUGAGCUCGGCGCCAAACCCCACCGCGAGGGAAAGGGGCUUUACCGAUCAAGCGUGGAUUUCCUUUUCAUACCAACUUCGAAGGAGGCUCCGGCCGGUGCGCGGAGGCGGGGUUCUUGCCGCCCGCUCCCUCAGGCUCACUCUUCCCCGCCCGUUACGACGCCGGACCUUCGGCGCCAGCAACCGUUGGCGGGUCCGCGCACGCGCCCAACCCCCCGGCUCGAGGCCGCCGGCGACCGUUGGCGGGCCCGCGCGCGCGCGCCUCCGCCCCGCUCGAGGCCGCCGGCGACCGUUGGCGGGCCCGCGCCCGGGCGCUGGGCUUCAGCCGCGCGCGAGCGCCCGCCCGCCCCGAGGCUGCCGGGCGCGGCGAAUGAACGCGCGGGCGCGAGCUCCAUCCCGCUCGAGCCGAUUUCGCCUGAAAGAGAAAAGGCGGCCGGGUAAACAAAAUGUCUGAGAAACUGAGACAGUGCAGGGAGGACCUAGCAGCAGCUCUGGAUCGAGCCAUGGAGGACAAUAUUGUAUCUUCUGUGUUCUCUUCAGACCCUGAGUGGCUUGAAUCAAC